AUGUCUGCGCGCGUCACUCGGAAACGCGCCCGGCUCGAUUCCGCGACCGACGACGGCUGUGAUACUCAGCAGAGCAUAGCAAAAGGCUCGGACGAUCCUCAGGAUAACUCUGCAUCCGCGCGAACGAGAGACGAAGAGUUCUGGUACGACGAUGGCACCAUCAUACUCGUCGCCGGUAACGUCGAGUUCCGCGUGUACAAGGGAAUUCUCGCCGAGAACUCUUCCGUUUUUCGGGACAUGUUUUCCUUGCCGCAACCUCCCAUCCUCGCCGAGUCCUCUGAUGCACCUUCCCCCGGCGAUGGGUGCCCGAUAGUCCACCUAUCCGACUCCCCCGAGGAUCUCAGGCACAUCCUGCGUGUGUAUACACCGAGAACACAUCCGAGCCCGUUUGAAGCCCCUAAGGACCCCUCAUUCGCCGCAAUAGCUGCAGCCGCGCGGCUGGGCCACAAAUACCAAAUGACCAGACUUCUGGAGCAAGCACUAACCUACCUGAAGACGUACUACACCAACGACUACGAGGCGUGGCAGAAGGAAGAAAGAUGGAACCCGCCCGGGUUUCGGGACGAGGAGGCCAUCGGCGUCGUCAACCUCGCCCGUUUUCUCGGGGAGACGAGCCUUCUGCCGGCCGCGCUGCUCGCAUGCUGCCAGCUGGGCCGCAACCUCAUCAACGGCUUCGCGCGCGAGGACGGCACGCGCGAGCAGCUCACGCUGGACGACAUCGGGCUGUGUCUCGAGGCGAAGCCCCGGCUCGUCCAGGAGACGACCAGGAGCGUCCUGCACGUCUUCGAGCCAGGAGCCUCGGUAAAGUGUUUGACAGCGGGGAAGUGCAGGGGUGGCUUCAGGCGGCUUUUGAAGAUGGUCGAGGACCGGCUGGCAGAAGUGGUGGGGACGAAUCCGUUCUACGGUCUGUUCAACAGGCUGGGGGCCGCUGCGGACGUCGAGCUCUGCCAGUAUUGUCGGGCGAUGGCGAAGAGCCGUGAUUCUGGCAUGAAACAGGCGGUGUGGGCCAGGCUACCGGAGAUACUGGGUAUCCCCAGACCAGGUCCGAGUGUAGAAGCCGCUGAUGGCGAGGCGGCUGGUGCUGCCUAA